CAACGUUUGUUAGACACAGCAAAACACUUUACCUUAGCAAAUACCAAAGUUUGUAACACUUUUUUUCUUCCCCCUUUUUUUUGACAUGUCCUCCUGGGAAGUUAUGGCUGGGCAUUUUGGGGGUUGGGGUGCCCUUGGAGAGGGCUGGAGGAAAGGUCCUUGGACUGCUGAAGAAGAUAAGCUGCUCAUUGAUUAUGUUAGGCUACAUGGAGAAGGAAGAUGGAACUCUGUUGCUAGGCUUGCAGGGUUGAAAAGGAAUGGGAAAAGCUGCAGAUUGAGAUGGGUGAAUUAUCUAAGGCCAGACCUUAAGAGGGGACAAAUAACCCCACAUGAGGAGAGCAUAAUCCUAGAGCUACAUGCUAGAUGGGGUAACAGGUGGUCUACAAUUGCCCGAAGCUUACCGGGAAGAACUGACAAUGAGAUCAAGAACUACUGGAGGACCCAUUUCAAGAAAAAGGCAAAGUUAGCCCCUGAUAACUCUGAGAAGGCGAAAGCUCGUCUUCUUAAGAAGCAACAAUUUCAGCAACAACAGCAGCAACAACAGCAAGAACAAUUGCAGCAGCAGCAGCAGCAACAACAACUGAAUCAGUUGGACAUUAAAAAGAUCAUGUCCCUGCUCGAGGAAAACGAGCAGAAAGCAGCAGCAUAUGUGCCCCAGACGACGCAGGAAAUGACAUCUGCAUAUAUCAGUAAUGCUACAUCUGAACAAGAACAGGGCUUUUUCUACUCCAUGAUGAUGAUCAAUGGCAAUACUAUGACCUUCAACCCUGCUGAUCAAGCCUGCAAUGAGGAAAUCAUGUGGGAUGGCCUAUGGAAUUGGGAUGAUGUCCAUGGCACUUUUGGUGCUUCCUGCGCAACAACCACCAAAGCUAAUUUCCACAAUCUAGUCACCCCCACUCCCUCCUGUUAAAUUUCUUUUGAGUACUUCUGAUUUUCUGAACUGUACUAUAUUAGUCUUCCACUACUAGUACUCUUUCAUCAGAUGACUAAAGAGAGCUCUUAAACCAAGACCACUGAAUUUACUGCAAAAUCAAGGUGUGAAAUUUGAGUCUGAUUAUGAAUCAUGAUGUACCUAAUUAAUAAUAAACUUGUACAAUUUUG